CGUCUUCACUCUUCAUCAACAUUACACCUCUCUCCCUCCCAAAAAGGUUGAAUCUUUUUAGCCUCCAAUUUUUUGAUGUACCAAAAGUCCAAAAGAAAGUUCAAUUCUUUCAUCAAAGCGAUUCGAUUCUGGUACCUCUGGCUUUCUCUCCUUUUCGUAAUGCCCAAAGCUCUAACUCCCUCCCGCCUCAAGGCUCUCCUCUUAGCCCUCUCUCUCUUCUUCAACCUCUACCUCCUCUUCUCCCUCCACGCGCCUGAUUACCACAUCACGCGCCGCUCCUCCCCUACCACGCGCCGCCACCUCCUCUUCGCCAUCGCGUCCUCCUCCCGCUCCUGGCCCCGCCGCAAGCACUACCUCCGCCUCUGGCAUUCCCCCGCCUCCUCCACCCGCGCCUUCGCCUUCCUCGACCGCGCCGCCUAUCCCGGUGAUGACGACGGCGCCGCGCCGGUGAUCGUCUCCGGCGACACGUCGAGGUUCCCGUACACCGUCGGCGGCGGCGGGGGGCUGCGGUCCGCGAUCCGAGUGGCGCGCGUGGUGAAGGAGAUCGUCGACCGCGGCGAGGCGGAGGUGCGGUGGUACGUGUUCGGCGACGACGACACGGUGUUCUUUGUCGACAAUUUGGUGCAGACGCUGGCGAAGUACGAUCAUGAUCGGUGGUUCUACAUUGGGAGCAACUCCGAGAGCUACAUGCAGAAUGUCAAGUACGGCUUCGACAUGGCGUUCGGCGGCGGCGGAUUCGCCAUUAGCCAUUCGCUGGCUAAGGUUUUGGCUAGGGUUUUCGACUCGUGCUUGAUGAGGUAUGGUGAUUUGUAUGGGAGUGAUUCCCGCGUGUUUUCGUGCGUGGCGGAGCUCGGCGUUGGGUUGACUCAUGAACCUGGGUUUCAUCAGGUUGAUAUGCGGGGUAAUUUGUUUGGAAUGCUAUCUGCACAUCCAUUGUCACCUUUGGUUUCUCUUCAUCAUUUGGAUGCUGCAGAUCCGAUCUUCCCUAACAUGAACAACACUCAAGCUCUGGAACAUCUUUUUAAAGCUGUGAAGGCUGAUCCUGCCAGGAUAGUGCAGCAAACUGUAUGCUAUGACCGUACACAUUCUUUGACUGUUUCAGUUGCAUGGGGCUAUGCCAUUCAGGUGUAUGAUGGCAAUGAGCUUCUUCCAGAUCUUCUUUCACUGCAGAAAACCUUUAUGCCAUGGAGAAGGAGCCGUAGUAUUGAGGCAAGUCAGUACAUGUUCAAAAUGAGAGAUUAUCCUAGAGAUACAUGUAAAAGACCCUCUAUCUUUUAUUUGGAAAGUGUCGUCUCAAAUAACCACGGCGGCAUCUGGAGCAACUACACCAGGCACAAUGUGGAAAACUGUUCCAAAGAAAAUGCGAUAAAGAAGCUGAAACAUAUCAGAGUUAUUUCACAGAAGCUAGAGCUUGAUGUUGAAGAGAUGAAGGCUCCACGUCGUCAGUGCUGCAACAUUUUGGAACCGUCUUUUAAUGAUUCAAUGACUAUCAUUAUCAGACGGUGCAGAGAUGAUGAACUUAUAUCCAUGAAUAUCUAGAGUCCAUCCUUUGGAAUGGUUGCCCUGAGAACACAGGUACAUGCAGAAUUCAGAGAAUUUGAACCAAUUUUGGUUUAUUGUGGAAUCCUCUAAAGGUACAUUUUUUAUUCAUAUCUUGUUUAUAAAUGUUAUAUUGAAAAGUGUUUCCGGGAAGAUUGGGAAUAUAAACUUUAAUGCAGUCUGUAUGAACUGGUUUUUCCCAUAUUUUUCGUGCCAAAUCAUUUUAUUGCAAAUCUGCUUGGUGGUAACUUAAAGUUUCAUAGCUAUAAUCUUCGUUUUUCUUUGAUGCUAUUAAAGAUCACAGCUUUGAUCAUAGAAUUCUAUAGGAAACAAUGAGGAAGUUAAAUUUUUAUCAUUUUCCAAGUUCAUUAUUUGUUAUUUGGUUCUUUGACAUUAGUUAUCAGUUUUUAGUUCUCGAGUUUCCUAAAGUUUGUUGUGAUAUGAAACAUUUAGUAAUCUGUACACAGCUGAAGUUACUUUUUCUGUUGUCAGGAGGAAGACAAUAUGCUGGGAUAUAAGUCAGAUAACCAUUUGCCCUCAAAUCAACACAUGGAACAAAAGAGGAAAAUUCAUGUAUUUGAAUGAGUUCUGUGAAAUGAAUAACGCUAAAUGUGUUGGAGUGUUGGAGUCUCUUAUCAAAGGGAAGCUACUAUGAGAAUCUGCAGCCCAGUUGUUUUUUGAUGUCUGAUGAGGUUCACUCUUAAAUUUUCCACUUUCUGGCAGCCAUUAUCUUGGAAAUUUCAUGAACAGAGAAAAAAGGAACAAAAAUGCCAACCACCUAUCUACUAUGGGAUGGAGAUUAACCCAACUACCCAAGUAAAUGUGGAAAU